UGCUAUCUUAUGAUUUGAUUUACAGGAAACAGAUCUUCCUGUAAGACCUUGAAAAUAGAGCUGUAAUAUAUACGUCAAGGGUUAUAAAGGAGACUUAAUUGCCUUUAGGUUUCCAAUGGAUUUUUGAGUUCCAGAGACAGUGCGCAGUCUCAUGAUGGCGACUGGUGGCUCUUCUGCAAAGGAUGAGCGGAGGGCCGUGCUUUUGGGGAAGAUAGGAGCUGGGAAGAGCUCCUUCGCCAACAGACUCCUAGAAAGUGAGGCUUUCAAGAAAGCAGAAACAGGACUCUGUGUGCGAAGACAGGGAGAACAUGCUGGAAGGAAACUGACUGUGGUAGACACACCUGGAUGGGACAGGGUGUCAGUGCAACGCACACCUGAACAGAUUAAGCAAGAGAUCAUACGAAGUACCACCCUUUGUCUACCUGGACCUCAUGUCCUGCUCCUGGUUCUUCCCAUAUCCAUGGAUGGAGGCCCUCCCUCAGCAAACGAGAUUAAAUCAGCUUCUCAUCAUGUAGAGUUACUGUCACCUAGGGCCUGGAGACACACCAUACUGCUGUUUGUAUGUAUGGAUGAGAUGGAUGAGUCCAUUAUUGAACAGCGGGUGAAUCAUGUCAGGAAACUCAUUGACAAAUGUCAAGGGAGGUUCUUUAUCCUGCAGAGAGACUCACAGGUGACUAAGCUACUGCAGAAGAUAGAGGACAUGGUGGAGGACAACUGUGGAGACUUCCUGAUACCUCAAGUCUACUAUGAAGCGUUUGAGAGGAGAAUGCCGAGUGAGAUUACAAAGCUAACGGAGAUGUAUGAGACGAGAGAGGAGGAGCUCAACCAGAGGUACAGGAGAAAACUAGAGGAGAAGGAAUUGGAAUUCAGAGAAAAACUUGCAAGGCUGCAGCAAGAGGAAAAGACAGGGGCGAUGAAGAAGAGUGGAAGCUAUCAAUUACUUCCUCCAAACUUGUCUGAGAUUACCACUGACAGAGCUGCAGUCCAGCAUCAGGAUUCUGAGAAAGAGACAGUGAGCCAAAAUAAACCAGAAGACUUCAUCACCCUUCUUCGAUAUCACAUUAAGCCAUUUUGGGUCAUAGUGAUGGCCGUCAUCGGAGCUCUUGUAGGGUCAGUUGUGGGUGCCACUGAUGGAGUAAAAGGAGCAUGUGUUGGUAUGGUCAUUGGAAGUGUGAUUGGUGUCUUGCUCGCCAUAUUAUAUAUAAGAGCAACUAGGUUGGUAAAGACAGAUAGUCCAGGAAGUAAGGCAACUUUCGCUCUUGGAGACCAAAGUCCUGAGACGUUUUGCUCACCCAUAUCCUUAAAAACAAGUGAAAAACAUAAAAAGCUGUAGGACUAACAGCUAAUCGACUUGGCAUUUUCAAAUCAAACCAAACCUUACAAUAUUACAAAGUACAAUAGGUAUAAAAGGCGUCGUUGCCUAACUUCAGUGACUAGGCAUUACUGCAAAAAUGCAGAUUCCAUAUUUAGGCUAUCACAAAAAUGUCCACAAAAACAGCCAUUCGAUCUUCAUACAAGCAGUGGAAAGAAAAUCCACAUUUUUAUAGCCUAUAAAUAUGGACAGUCAAAUAUGGCCGUCACUAAACAUUGCUGUCACUACUGAACAUUUGUCAUGACUGAAACACGUGAUAUUCUGAAAAAAUAUUUUUUAUUAUUUGUUUAAUCAGAUAAAGAUGAAACCGUUUUUCUAUCAAAUGUUGUUGCGUUUCGGUAGGGACACAUUUUUGGAGAGAGAACACGGUAGUGUCCAAUCAGUAGAAUAAUGUUCCUUAGAUGUUCUAUGUUUAACUACAAAGCUUUCUCAAUAAGUUUUGAAGUGUGAAAUGACACGUAGGCUACUGAAUGUAGGCUACAGUAUAUGCAUGUGUGUGUGUGUGUGUGUGUGUGUGUGUGUG